AUGUGGCCUUUUGACUUUGUGCUCGAGUACAAAGUCAAGCUCUGGAUCACGUGGCUCGAGAUGACGCUGACCGUGCACAACUUGAACCCCAUUGCCAUUGAGUUUCAAUCCCUCUCCCACAACUACAUCCACGUCAACAACAUCGUGAAAGAUGGCUUGCAAAUCUCGGGCUUACAAGGCGUCGACUACUUUGACAAGAUGACCAAAACGAACCACACGGAGACGCGCGAGAGCUUUGGCAUCUCUUUGAUGCGGGAAGGACAGAAAUCAAUCUACACGCCAACGGACGGCGUCAUUUGUAACCCCUGGAUCGAACGCGCGGCCAACAUGACGGACUUUAAGGACGACGAGUACCUGUACAUGAUUGCGAUCGAGCCGGGCAAAGUGAUUGAGCAGCAAGUGCUCGAGCCGGGCACGAGCUACAAGCUGAACCAGUUGAUCAUGGUUUCCAAGGGCUUUUAA